AUGAAUCGAUUGUUGGGCAACAAACGACGAGCAUCAUUUGAUGUUAAUCAACGUCCAUCGUCAUUUAAAGUUUAUUAUUUAGGAAAUGUAGCAACAUCAUUAACAAGAGGUGAUGGUUGUGCUGAUCGACCAGCCAAAAUUCUUUGGGAUAUGCAUAUAAAAAACCAAGGACGUUUAGGAAGAAAGCUUCGUUUAACGGUUACAAAUGGUGGUUUACAAGCAGACAAUUAUAUAAAAACAGGAACACCAAAUGAUACUACACUUUAUUGUACAAAUCGUAUUGCAUAUUAUCUUAUUGCUGAUAAACUUAAUCCAAAAAUGUUUAUUUGGGUUUAUAGACAUGUUAAUGUUCGAUCAGGUUUAACGACUGAGCUUCGUUGUCAUGCAUGUUUAUGUUCGAGUGAAAAUGAUGCUAAAUCUCUUAGUGAUUUACUUCAUCAUCAUUUACAAGAUUCUUUACGUGAAUAUGUACGUGAAAAGCAUCGUCGUCAAAUAAGUCGAUUAUCCGUAAUAUCAUCAUUAAAUUUACCAAAUCUAACCAAUACAGAUAAAACAAUGAAUGAACCACCUAAACGUUUAUUGACUCGAAGUCAGGCAUCGAAUUAUCGACCAUCAUUAGCUCGAUCAAUGUCAAAUAUUGGUCUUGGACGUAUGGAUGAUAUUGAAGAGAAUGAUGAUGAACUAGCCAGUGAAGCAACAACAACAAUGUCAACAUCAUCAACAUCAUCUAUUGAUUUAAUCACAUCGAAAUUGACUGAUUUAGAUACAGAUAGAAAAAUGAAAUUGUAUGCACAUGCGCUAUCUGAUAUUCUGUGA